AGCUCAGAAAUGGGACCCUGAUCAGAGCUAGGGAGAGGGAUUGCCUUGGGCCAAAGCCCGCUUCUGCACAGCGCUGUGAAGGCCAGGACUGCAUGACUGUGUGGGAGGCAGGAGUCUGGUCCGAGUGCUCUGUAAAGUGUGGUAAAGGAGUACGGCAUCGGACUGUGAGGUGCACCAAUCCCCGCAAGAAAUGUGUUUUGUCCACAAGACCUAAAGAAGCAGAGGACUGUGAGGACUAUUCCAAAUGCUACGUCUGGAGAAUGGGAGACUGGUCUAAGUGCUCUGUCACCUGUGGCAAAGGGAUGCAGUCCCGAGUCAUCCAGUGCAUGCACAAGAUCACGGGAAGGCAUGGCAAUGAAUGCUUUUCCUCGGAAAAGCCUGCAGCCUACAGACCCUGUCAUCUGCACCCCUGCAAUGAGAAAAUUAAUGUUAACACAAUAACAUCACCCAGGUUAGCUGCUUUAACAUUCAAGUGCCUGGGAGACCAGUGGCCUGUGUACUGCAGGGUGAUAAGAGAGAAGAAUCUCUGUCAAGACAUGAGGUGGUAUCAACGGUGCUGUGAGACGUGCAGGGACUUUUACGCGCAAAAAAUGCAACAAAAGAGUUGACCUCUGUCAGGCUGGCUGGCUCUCGGCUCCUUGCAAUCUUAUUAUUUAUAAACACACACACAUACACACACACACACACACACGCGCGCAAUGCUUCUUCAGACCAAAUAUUAUCAGAUUACAUAUAAUUUAAUCAAAUUAAUUUAUUUUUGCCUGCCAGACAUCCUUAAUUGUUUUGGUUAGACAGCCAACUUGUUUUAUUCUCUGACUUUUUCAUAAUUAAUUUUUAUAUGUACAAUUUCGGAUACAUUUAUCAGAAUUUUUAAAAAAUAGUAACUAGUAUUUUAAAUGUUUAUUUUCAGUAGGAUCAUCUCUCUGUUGCCAAAAAAAGUCAUGUUAUCUUGAAUUUAUUUUAAUUUAGUUGAAUAGUUUUGUUGUAUAUGGAAAUAAAGCCCUUUUUAAUUUUAUUAUAUUUUUGGCAUACAGAGUCAGAAUGAUUUUGUGUAUUUUGCAACAGAUCUUGAGAUGAGUGAGCUAACAUUAUUGAACAAGUUAUUACAGAAUGUAUUGUGAAAUCAGUUCAUUUGAUUU